CGGGGUUGCGGCCGGGCCGGCCGCCGUCAUGGCCGCCGCGGAGGGGAGCUUGGUCCCGGAGGGCCGGGCCAGCCUGGCCGCCUUCCUGCUCGGGGCGUCGGUGGCGGCGCUGCCGCUGCUGCUCUCGGCGCCCCCCGCGCUGCUGGCCGGGCCCGGGCUCCAGGGCCGCGCGGCGCUGGCUCUGCACGUGGCGGGGAUCAACGCGCUGCUGCUGCUGCUCUACCGGCCGCCGCUCUACCGGAUCGCGAUCCGUGCCUGCUUCCUGGGCUUUGCCUUCGGGUGUGGUUUGCUGCUGAGUGUUGGACAAUCCUCAUGGAAGCACUUUGGCUGGUAUAUGUGUUCCUUGUCACUGUUCCAUUAUUCUGAGUAUUUGGUGACAGCGAUCAAUAAUCCCAGAAGUUUGUCCUUGGACUCUUUCCUCCUAAACCACAGUUUUGAGUAUACUCUAGCUGCUCUCUCUUCUUGGAUAGAGUUCACAGUUGAAAAAAUCAUUUAUCCAGAAAUGAAGCACAUCACCUGGCUCAGUACAGUCGGGUUAUUGAUGGUGAUCUUUGGGGAUUGUCUGAGGAAAGCUGCCAUGCUCACAGCUGGCUCCAACUUCAACCAUAUUGUUCAGAAUGAGAAAUCGGAUACUCAUACUUUGGUGACAAGUGGGGUGUAUGGGUGGUUCCGGCACCCGUCUUACGUGGGAUGGUUUUACUGGAGUAUUGGAACACAGGUUUUACUCUGUAAUCCCGUCUGUGUUGUUGGCUACACUUUAGCAUCCUGGAGAUUCUUCAGAGAGCGAAUAGAAGAGGAGGAGUUUACGUUAAUUCACUUCUUUGGAGCGGAGUACCUGGAGUAUAAAAAGAGAGUGCCAUCAGGUCUGCCUUUUAUCAAGGGAGUUAAAGUGGAACUGUAACACGUGAAAAAUCAGACUGACUGAGCGAACACCCAGCUCCAGGCUCAUAUGGAAAGGAACUAUGCAUAGCACUAUAUCGUGACACGCUCUAGGAGUAGCCAGUCUCUGUUUACUGGUCAUCCACUGGAAACUCAUUAAAGGCGAGGCAGCUGGAACACCUUGCAAAUAAACUAGAAGCUCAGUCAAGAUAGGAGUCCUUCCUAGAUGCAUAGAGGGAUCUUCUGGAUUAUUUAAUCUAUGGUGAUCCUAAAAUGAAGCAUAAUGCUGGUGAAAAGAUGGCACACUCUACCUACAACAGCUGAGUUGUACUGAAAUGUGUUAACAGAUUCUGUUGAACGAGCUAUGCACUUCCUAGUAACUACCAUUGCACUAGAAGGGUGCUUGUUGGAAGCUCAUAUUUCUAUGGUGAAACUUUAAAAUUAAAGCUUUUUGCCCGUAAAAAAGCUUAACAGCACAGCUUUAACCUCUCUGGACCUGACUCCACAAGCCUGCAGUGUGUGGAACUCCCACUGAAGUCAGUGUGGUAAUACCCUGCUUGGAGGGCUUUCAGAACCCAGCCCUUUAUUUCUGUCUUUUAAAUGCAUGAAUUUACAUACCGUUUUGGGGAUAUGCUUACCUGAAAGACUGGCAGUGCGGCACAAAGCACUGUCUCCUAAUAUAAUGUUAAUAGGGGGCUCUUUCAAUAUUCAAACUUUCUUAAAUCACAAAUAAUCUUUCAUUAAACAUCAUGAAAGCUCAGAUUGAAAACUUAACUCAAUUGUUGUGUCCAUCAGUUACCUAGUGCCAUGAAUUUAAGUUUCAUUAUCAUGUUGUCAUUUUCCCAUAGCCCUCUUGGCAAGAGUCUGUCCUGUCAAAUUGUAAACUUGCUUCUGUAAAACAGUCUUCAAAAUCGUGCUGCAUUGUGUCCUAUUUAAAUAACUUUAGUUGUUAGUUCUUUCUCUAUUCCUAGUUCACUCAGAGAAAUUACAAGUUUGUUCCUGUUUUUGUGAAAUGCAGAGAAAGAACAAUAGCAGGCAGACUUGCAAUAGGCCUUAGGUAGUAAGAUUCUUGCCUGGUUCUAGAAUAUGUCUUGGAUGUUUUAUCUGUACGGGAAACACUUCCAGAAAAUAUGCUAAUGUAGGAAAAUAUUUUUCUGAUUAACUGGUGAUAUUCUAAAUAUUCACCAUUCUGGAAAUGAUUUGUAUUCAGAUUUUGUGGUAUAAUUUAUUUUCUGUUACUAUAUACCAAAGAAGUUCACUGUUUCCUUGAUUCUAGAUAGACUUUCUUGUUGGAAUGAGAAUUGUAUGCUGGCAAGUAAUGGCUUGACUUGAAGUAUUCCCUUAAUUAAGGUACUGUAACAUAGUUCAGGAAAUAGAGCACUGGCAGAAGCUGCUUUUGUAAAGAUGUUGCCAGCUUCUGUUGGGUUGUAAUUCAGUAGAGUUCUUUUCUUUUCUGGUGCUGACGACUAUAUCGGUAGUUUGGAAUGCUUAAGUUUACAAUUGAAAUACCACUGGGAACACACUUUGAUAUUAAAAUGAGGCAUGUACCAAACAAGUUGGAAGUCAAAUUCCUGUAGCCCUGCAUAGGAAGGGAUGUAGGGACAAAUUGUUAAUCUCUUCUCUCUUCCAUCAUGUAAAAGCCUUUUCCUACCCAAGUUAUGCCUUCAAAUUUCAGGGCACCUGAUGCAUUGAAUUCCAGUUUAAAUACCCACUGUUACAUUAAAUCUCCUACUGAAUAUAUUUGUUGCUUGAAGAAAAGGAUAUGAAACUUCAGCAGGGCUGUAUUUGGUUAAUGUUGUCUUUCCUCUGCAUAAUUAUUUGUAAGGACUUGAUUCCUUUUCAGAUGGCUUUUCCUUUGCAAUAGAAGUGCCUCCAAUGUACUUCUGAAAGAGAGUUAUAAAUGUUGCUAUCUGUCUGUAGCCAACAUACCUCAGAAGAAAUCUCAAACCAGUUAAAAUCUUAAUACAAACAAGGAUUUUUAACUGCGCUUAUUUUUAUUAAGAUGUUUCUCGUAUGAAUUUUUCCCUUGUAUAAAUGUUUCAUAACUAAACCUACUAUUGAUAAUGAUACUGACCUUCUUUGUAAAGCACUUUGACACUGAAAGUUGAAACGCAUCGCACUAUAGCUGGCAGUGUAAUUUCCCCUGUUCGUGUACACAUACUAGCGAUUGCUCUACGAGAGCUAGUGCAAGUAUAAAUAGCUGUGUAGCCGCGGUUGUAUGAGUAGCGGCAAUGGAGGCAUGGCUGAGCCGUGCCGAGUACAAACCUGCCUGGAACUGGUCAGCAUGUACUCUGCAUUGCUCGUGGCUACACGGCUAUUUGUCCUCGCAGUAGCAUUCAUCAAGCCACCAUUAAUAUGUGUAUGUGAGCAGGGGAAUCACACCCCUAGCUUGUAGUAUAGACAUGGCAAUAGUACCUAGCAUGUAUGGGCUAAUUAGAAUUCACCUGAAUCAAGAACAGAGAAAUUGCACGCUGAUCACAAAAUGACCCAGCAGAGUAAACUUAAAAAGUGCUCUGGAGUAUGGGGUUUGUUUUGCCAGGUAGUGAAAAAAAUAUACUAGGGACUUGGUUUAUUACAUGAAUAAAUCUUUUAUUAGGUCAAACUGUUAGAGCAAUACAGUGAGAAACUACUUGCUUAAUUGUGUGCUAUGUGAGAGAUAUUUGACCCACAUAGUGUCUAACCCUAAACAUUUUAUGCUGCGUUACUACUCUAGUCUUAUUGUCAGAGGCUUGAGCUCACAUUAUCUUUCUCACACUGCUGUUUGAGGUCCCUAGUUAGGAAAAAAAUCCUGUUCACCACAGAAGUCUAUAUGUCUACAACUGCUGGACAACUUUAUCAGCAGGAGAGUUGGCUAGAUUUCAUGGGUCUUUCCUCUUGUGUGAACAGUCAUUGUUCACAGUGAGACUUUCAUUCUCUUGUCAGUUUUUGUGCUUCAUUUCGUUGUGGCCAGAAAGCAAACAAUCCAGUUAUUGCUUCAGUGUAAAACUGAGACUUGUGGAUUGCAUAUUGGCUCCUAGCUGCUAAAAUUUACCACUUGAAACUAUUUAGAUAACUUAGUGUGAUGGAGGGGUAUUAAUUAAAUAAAUGUCUUAUUCUUUUAUUGGCACUUGUUUGGAAGGGUUAUUGUCUUUUUUUGACUCUCCAUAAAUGGUAUGCUUUACAUCAUUUCACUUGCCUGGGAUAACAGUUUGCUCAUGUGAAUAUGCAAAGUAUCAUGCGUAUUUCUAAUGCCCCUGUCACUGAUGACAUCAAUUCUGGUGCCUAGAUACUACAGUUACCCUUUGGGUUUGGGAUAUAGCUACAUGUUCUGAGUCAACACCCAAAUGUAACAUUUGUAGCUAUGUUGGAAAAAGACCUUUUUCAUCUGUGUAGCUGGAAGUUCUGACUAGCACCCACAAAGCCUCAGGUUCUGUUGAAUAAGCCCUUUGUAGGAUGCAUGUUGUCACAGUGAGAAUGCAUUUUCUUUAGAUUGUGUCUAUCAGCAAGAAUAUGAAUGGGCACAGCAAAUGAUUUACUUGGUUGAUGCAGUGGUCAGUGAAAGCACUUUCUUCUCCAAUGACCCGGACAAGAACUUUCACAAAAAUCAGAUUUGUGCAGGGCAUGUAGGUUCAUCCCAAGGUGUGCUGAGUCCGAAGAAUAAUCUUUACUCUUCUUGACCUAUGGCAAAACUUUCAAACACCUAACUAGCUUUUGAAAAGGAGGUGUGGGUGUUUUUGAAAAGUUUGCCCCAAGUCAAUUUAUAUAGCGCUAAUGUUCCACUUCUGGAGAUGUGGGAUCUUAGUACUUUAUCCUGUGGUGUAAAUAUCUGGAAUGAUUGCUGCAGCCCUCAUUCCCAAAGGAAAGGUGAGUCGUAAUUCACAAAGAAAUGAAGAUCACCCUUUAGUUCAAAUUGGGUUUUCAAUUUAUUUAUUAAUCAAAAUGGACCCUUUGACACAUGCUGCAGCACAGAGUCUUUAAAAAAUCAAAGACGUUGUCAAUGAACAACUUCUAGUUCUGUACCCAGUGAAUAAGAAUGUCAUUCUGGCCCUGGGUAGGUUCGCACAAUCUCAUGUUAGCAAUUAACUUAUGAAGCCCUGUGGGAAAGGACUUAAACUCACUACUGCAAACAGUAUUUAUGCAGCCUGGGAAAACAUCUUAAUCACCAACAAGGUAAGGUACAGGCUACAUAAAAUUCUAUGUAUUUUAAAGCAGUCUACCAAAUUAAACUUGUCAACCAAUCUGAUUGCUGGCUCACUGACCCUUAUUUACUAACAAGGGUAACAGGCACUAUCCUGUUGUUCAGGCCAAAAAUUUAGGACUUGUAUAUCCUCAAUAGGUCGCAGAAGUGUUCCAUAGGUUUUUUCAAGUCACCUGCUUAGCUUGUAUUUAAACUAUCCCCUGCAGUGUUUGCAGUUUAAAAUUUGCAAUUUUAAGCUAGUGCAGGAGAACCAGAAAGUGAAACUGACCUCUCCAUUUUUAUUGUCCAAAGGUUUGUGAAGGACAGUGAUUUAGCAUAAACUGUCAAAAGGAAACUAGAUUAAUAAUGUCAGUUGGGGUGAGGGGUUAGUACGAACACUUUGAGUAUUUAUUCUAAUGUCCGACAAAAAGUAACGUAGUCACUCGGUAAACAACUAAUUCCUAAAACUGUUGCUUUUUGUAAACAUGUUAUGACUUAGGAAUUUACUUUGCGCUGGUUCCUUGACUUUCAUAUUCUGCUUGUACCACAGAGUGAGUGUUCUUUGACGGUCAGGAUACAACUUCCAAAUAAUGGCACAGAGUAACUGUCCAUCUAUUGCACUUUCUUACUGCCUGGAGUAGCUUCUGAUCUCACUGUCUUUAUUUUAUUUGGUAAUUUGUCAUUGGAUUGGAAUAUGAGGAGGAAGUCAUCUCCUGCCUUGAAAACACCUCAACAUUCCUGUUGCAAUAGGAGAUUGUUACCUUGUUAUAUCACAAGAUGUUUGAAGUCUGUUUGUUUGUGCUGAAAAAAACUGUUUACUAGAAUCACUCCACAAUCUAUUUGGGCCUGCUGAGACCAACUGUGUAUUAAAUGAAUGGAGUAGCUCUACCCUUUUUCUUACAUGAAGAAAUGUUCAUUACAGAUAUUUAAAGGUUCUUUUCUUUUGCGGAUGUUGAGAAU